AUAUAAAAGCAAGGUUUUCAGGUGAAGAAAGACAACACGUGUCCAAACUACCUCUAAUACUCUUGCAUAAUCUGAUUUAAUUUCAAGUCUGCCAUUUCUUUAUUUUCUGAUUUUUUUGCUAUUUCAUAUAUAUAUAGUUUAACGAUGGGUUGGCUUACAUAUGUUCUGUAACGGUUCGAUGGGGUUUUUCUUUUCAUAGUUUUGACGUGUGUAUAUAUAUGUAUCUUGUAAUGGUUUGAGUUGAUUUUAAGUGUCAAGAGUUCCAUCAUGAAUUUGAAGAUGAUGCUGAAAUUGAGGAUGAGGGUGACUAGAGCGCUAUUGUUAUGGUUAAUGAGCGGCAUCAUGGUUUCAAGACUUGGGUUGGUAGCAUCAACAAGAGUUCCAGCGAUGUUCAUCUUCGGAGAUUCAUUGGUUGAAGUUGGGAACAACAAUUACCUGAGCUCCAUCGCCAAAUCCAAUUAUUUCCCUUACGGGAUCGACUUUAACAGAGGCCCUACUGGCAGAUUUUGCAAUGGCAAAACUUUUGUCGAUAUACUUGCGGAGUUGCUAGGUCUGCCGUAUCCUCCAGCUUUUGCCGAUCCCAACACAGCCGGAGCUAGAUUACUUGGCGGCGUAAAUUAUGCAUCGGCAGCUGCAGGCAUCCUUGAUGAGACAGGCCAGCACUAUGGGCAAAGGUACAGUCUAAGGCAGCAGGUGGCGAACUUCGAAACGACAGUGUACCAGCUGAGAACAACGGUGGGGAUGGGCGGAGGGAACCUGAGCGAUUUCUUGGGGAAGUCCAUGGCAGUGCUGGUGUUUGGAAGCAACGACUACAUAAACAACUACCUGAUGCCAGCCAUCUACUCUUCAAGUUUUAAUUACAGCCCCCCGCAGUUCGCCAACCUUCUCCUCAAUAACUAUGCCCGCCAGUUAGUGGCACUCUACGGAUUGGGACUCCGGAAGUUCCUACUGGCAGGGAUUGGCCCGCUCGGGUGCAUCCCUAACCAGAGAGCCAGCGGCCAAUCACCUCCGGACAGGUGUGUCGACUACGUGAAUCAGAUGCUGGGCACCUUCAACGAAGGGCUUCACUCCCUUGUGGAUCAGCUCAACCGCCAGCCGGGAGCCAUGUAUGCCUUUGGCAACACCUACGCCGCUGUUGGUGACAUCCUCAAUAACCCUGCCACUUAUGGGUUUAAUGUUGUGGACAGAGGAUGCUGCGGAAUUGGGAGGAACCAAGGCCAAAUCACAUGUCUCCCGUUCGCCAUUCCUUGUACCAACAGAAAUGUUUUUGUGUUUUGGGAUGCCUUCCACCCAACCCAAUCUGUCAACAACAUUCUGGCCCGUAGGGCUUUUUCUGGGCCCCCGAGGGAUUGCUACCCUAUAAAUGUCCAACAAAUGACCCUCUUCUCUUGAUUAUUAUAUAUGUGUGUGUCUUAAUUAGUUCCCAAUUUCAACUAUAAUAAUAAUAAUAAUAAAAAGUCCUACAAAUAAUAAAUCUACAACAACUCACGUUUUACAUUUAGAGUGUACUAGAUAUAUAUGCUUUGCAUUCAAGGCCUACAAUGAGCGGAUUGCACUAACUUCAUAUCCCAACUUUAUUUGUUUUUAAAUUUUAUUAUGUGGGUGAAGGUUUUUUUAUUUCAAUUCUCAUUCUUGGUCUUGGAUACUUAAACAUAAUUAUCGCCUUGUAUACGAUACCAAAGUUUUCUUUUGUUGUGGAAAAAUAAACGCAAUUAGCAUUC